GGCAGACGCAUGCUCAGUGCACCCGAGCUGUAAAGACUGACGAUCAAUACCUCGCCGCUUUGGAGAGCUGGGGGCCAGCCGAAAGGAAAGUGAAGGGAAGGAUCACAGCGGGCAAGAGAGGAGCCGUCGCCAGGGAACAUGAUCCCACUGCCAGAAUCCGAUGGUCAUAGGAAGCACCAUCAGUAGAAAUCAGGCACUGAAGUGCGAUUUUAAAAGGGGAAGACCGUUGGGAUCAUUUAAAAAAAAGGGUCGUAUGAGAAAUCAUAAAAAAUAAAGACUUUCAAAGAUGCCUCCAGGAAUGAACCAGCCUGCUCCCGGUCUAACUGUCCCAGACACUGUGGGUUCAUUCAAGAGGUGGAAACGUGACUCUAUCGUCAUGACUGUGUCACUUUUCAUUGUAUCCUUGCUUAUUUUGAGCAUUGGGUUAACUGCUACCACCAGAACACAGAAUGUCACUGUUGGAGGUUAUUACCCUGGAGUCAUUCUGGGUUUAGGGUCUUUUCUUGGCAUAAUUGGAGCGCACCUGAUAGAGAAUAAAAGACAAAUGCUUGUAGCUUCAAUUGUCUUCAUCAGUUUUGGAGUAGUUGCUGCCUUUUGCUGUGCCAUAGUGGAUGGCGUUUUUGCUGCAAGACAUAUUGAUUUGAGACCAGUUUAUGCAGGCCGAUGUAAAUAUUAUUCAAGUGUAGCAUCUUUUGAAAAGGAGGUACCCUGCCAUACUUCUUCCUGGGGCCCCUGCAGCCUAAGAGUUAAAAGCAACACCUGCUAUUGUUGUGAUCUGUACAACUGCGGCAACACCCAUUUUGAAAUGAUUGAGAGCUACCACGAAUACAUCGAUGUUCACAGCUGUCAAGACGUCGUCCACCUUUAUCACUUGCUGUGGUCAGCAACAGUCCUUAAUAUAGUGGCUCUCUUUCUAGGAAUCAUCACUGCAGCUGUUCUGGGUGGAUUUAAAGACAUGAUUCCAGGUACUCCUCAAAGCACCUGUGAGCCAGAAUCCCUCCCUGCUCCACCACCUCGUGAACCCCAGCAUCAGAUGACCUCCUACAACAGCUACUACCCGAGUACCCCAAAUGUGCCACCUUACACUGCCUAUGACCUGCAGAACUCAGCCAUUUUUCCUGUAUCAACACCUUCUGGGUUAUCUGAUGACUCCCAGUCCAUGUCCAGCUAUAUGUGGCCAUCUAGCAUCCCUCCACGCUACUCACCACCUCACUUCCCUCCGGAUGAGAAACCACCACCUUACAGUCCUUAAAGGAUUAUCCCCAUCUCCCCAGGACUUCCUAACUUUUAUACUAACAUUCUCAGCUUGGUACUGUAAUGGGCACCAAAGAAGUAGGUUUCUAUUUGCCCAUUUUAAAAGGCACUGUGAAUUUACUUUUUCUUUUUUUAAAGGAACUUUAAAAAAUUUCUAUAAAUGCAAAUGACAUGCUGUCUGGAACUGCCGUUGGAGUAAUUUUGUGGAUUUAUUGUUUUGCAAUAAUGGACUUUGCUUGUAGCAACAUCCUGGUUUAUAUGGAUGUGGACUUCUGAUUUUAUAUAUCACAUCACAUUUCUGGGGAAUUUAAGUUUCAAAAUACCUCAACAAUCCUCUCAGUAAGAAACAUGUUCCCCUCAGGAGUGGAGCACAAAGUGUCUGUGGGUUCAUUAAGAAUAUGUUCUACACCUCUGUCCAAGAAAUUGACAAGACAUCAUAAUUGCAUCAAUUUCUAUGCAUGUUUAUAAAAUCAAACAACUCAGUCUCCAUUUGAGGUGAUGAUCUGAGGAUAAGAAAUUGAUUUUAGCAUAUGUUU